AUGGCGGCGGCAGCGGAAAAACUGCUCAAACAAAUUGACGACGAGCAUUUGACAUGUCAAAUAUGUUUUGAGAGAUUUAAAGACGCCAGAAUGUUGCCAUGUCAACAUCAUUUCUGUGAACAGUGUUUAGUGGCGUUGGUGAAGACGAGACGGAAAGCGAACUGUCCAACCUGCCGAGCGGAAUUCAAAAUGUCUGGUAAUAUCUCAUCUUUGCCAAAAAGCAUUCACGUGAAUGCCUUGUCAGAAGUAAUGUCUCGCGAGAAAGGUGACGUGCAGACAGUUUUAUGUGAUGGAUGCGAGGAGUCUAUUACAGCAUGGCGUUGUAUCGAAUGUGCCAUGAAUCUUUGUACUACCUGUGGAAAAACUCAUACCAAAGUCAAAUCAACGCAAAACCACAGACUGAUAACAUUUGCCCAGUACCGGAUAGCUGUUCUGAAAGACCCAUGUUUUGAUAACCAGAUACAUCUGUGUGAUGCCCAUGAAGGCUGUCGUCUGAAACUGUACUGUAAAAUUUGUAAAAUUCCCAUCUGUGCUGAGUGUGCAGUGGCUCUUCAUAAAGGCCAUACUUAUAUUUACUUGCAAGAAGCCAAGGAUGAAAUAGUUGCCGAUUUAGAAGUUCUCAAAAAACAACUUAACACUAAAAUGAAACUCCUGGAUGCCCAUACAAGACAAGUUCGAUAUGCAAUGACUGUCAUGACGUCCACUCUUAGCGACGAAGAGAUGAAAAUAAAGGCACAUACCAAGAACAUGUUACAGAGAAUACGAGAGAAAAUAAAGGAGAUUGAGAAUCAGUUAAACAACGAGUCAACGAUGAAAAUCAAUCAUCUAAAAGAGGAGAGAGACUCAAACCGAAAAAUGUUAGAAAGUCGUAUUGAUGAUAUAACAUCAAUAAAAGAAAAUGUCUUGACAACGAUGGCUUCCCUGGAUCAUGUAAUACAGGACGGAGAUCCAUGUAAACUGAUAUUGACAAAGGAUGGAUUACUGAAGAGAGUUGAUGAGGUUUUGUUCCUAUCAGAGCUUACUGUAGUUGACAAAUUAGAGUUAUCAGAAUUUAACUGCAGUGACACAUUUGAAUCAACUCUCACUGAACAUGAUGUUUCCAUUGGAACAUUCAAAUCGACUACAGUACAGAUAUCUAGAAUUGACUUUCCUGAUGAUAGCAGAGAUGAAAUAGACCAAAGAGACGUAUUGGUGGGGAAUGAGGACGUUAACGACAUGAAGACAUUGAACACUUUACCUGAUUUAGAAAAUCAGAGAACUGUAAUAGCGGAACUUUUGAAAAUUAAAUUUCGGAAAGGUGAUGUUUGGUAUUUAGUUGAUGCAACAUGGUUAAAGCAGUGGAAGAGCUAUGUUGGGUAUGAAUGCUGGAAUAAAUACCAAAUGGGACAUCAGUCUUUGUAUCCCGGACCCAUUGAUAACUCAGAUCUGUUUAAGAAAACUGUUGAUGGAACACACCUGUUUGAUGGGUUAGACUAUGCAUUACUUCCAAUUCAGGCCUGGGAGAAGCUGGUCGAAUGGUAUGGUGUGGUAAAAGAUCAAAGACCUAUUGUCAGGAACGUCAUUGAGCAAGGAUAUUAUGCAAAGCACUUGGAAGUUGAAGUCAAUCUCUUGAAAUUAAAACUGUGUGAGACAAUUGAUGCAGAUGAAUAUGUGGUUAAAAAUUACAGUAAGGCAGACACAGUUGAAUCCAUUGAAAAUGAAAUGCGAAGCAUGUUUGACAUUAACGAUGACAAAAUCACCCGGAUAUGUUGUAAAUACAGUGGCGGUAAAUAUCGAUGUUUGACAGACAGACAACUAACACUAGAGGCAUCCAAUCUACGUGAUGGCUACAUAGUAUUUAUUGAAAAACAAAAUGAAGACGGGACCUGGAAACUGUAA